UUCUAUAAAAACGAAGUGUUCUCUUCUUCCAUGGAAUUGACUAAGAAAACCGAUGGCUUGCAAUUCUCAACUUGUCUUUGAGACAGGAGAGGAAAAACUUUUGUCUUUACAUGAAGGAAUCUCUAUGAAUUUGUCAAAGAGCCAACAAGUGUAUCAUCCGACCAUUUUUUUCGAUGGGAAAUAUAUAUCAGUCGCCUUCUAAAUCCAAUCAGUGUCGUGUUUUGAUGAAAUUUGCUCUCAAAAUGUGGACUAUUUGAUAAUCAUAAAUGAGAAUCAACAUCAACCACUUUCAUCAAAUGUCCAGGGAGUAUUGGUUGCUCAAAUGGUAAAUAUAUUCUAACCCUGAGCGGCAGUGAUAACACAUUCAAUAACUUUAGGCUGUGAUAUAAAACUAUGAUAUUGUUCUCUGUACGUCAGGGUGGAGACAUGAUUUUUUAUUCUGUUAGAAUUGUUUUUUCUAAAAACGGAUUCAAGUGAAGGAAAAACUGGUUGGAAUUAUCGCUUACAUUAGUACUACUGCUAGUACCAAUGGAUAGAAUACUACAAAGUGCAAAUGGAGCUGAUAGUGACACCCAAAGGCAAAUCGUGUGCUGAAGUGAAGCUUUAUAUUGGAUUCGUUUCAACCUCAGACAUUUCGAAAGCCCCGGGCGGAACUUUGUGUCCUUUUUCAUCCUUGUGCAGGAAAUAGCAGUCCAACCUUAAUUUCUGUGGGACUGAACAGUUGACUUUCAAGUUGCACUUUCAGUCAUGCUAUUAACAUUGAUAAUAAGAAGUUAAUUCUUCAUGCAUUUAGAGUGAGACCUUUAACAUUAUUUCCAAUUGGACAACAUGGAGGACAUUCUUGACAGGUUGCAGAAAGCGAGGCUCCGCCCAUCCACAUCAAACAUAAACAUCAACCAAAGCCCUUCAAAAGUCAUGUACCCCUUGUUUACUGAUCUAAAUGAUGAAUCUGCUGCAACAGAGAUUGGAAUCGGAGGACACUUUCUUGUUCAGGACUAUUAUCUUGCCAUAAUGGACGAUGACCUUGAUAAGGUCAUUAUGAUAUUCACUGCAGCAGAGAACAGACAGCAGGAGUUGCUACUAAAUGGAGAUUUUCAAUUCAAUGUCGACAAAACUGACAGUGACACAACCAAGAAGAAAAGGAAACCCAAGAAUGAGAAUGCAAUCAUAAGACACGUGCAGAAACAAUUAAAAGAAACAGUUAAACCUCUAACACUUGCCGCAGCGUACGGCGCUGUCCAAGUUUUUAUCUUUCUGCUCGAGUCCGGAGCAGAUGUACUAAGAGCGAACGAACAUUGUGGUGACAUUGGGGGCAUUGUGGACCUUCUCAUUGCAACUUGCCAUACCUGCCCUAGUCUGGAGGACAAACUUUUGAAAAUUUAUGACUACAUCAUACAGAAAGUGACAAAUCCUGAUGAUAGACGUAGGCUCUUAUUGAGUACAGGUGAUGGGCUCUGUCCACUGGAGGGAGCCAUCAAGUUACGUUGUUACGGUCUGUUCAAGGCUAUCCUCUACACUGAAGGCGUGUUCCUACAGACACAGUCACACAAAGGGAAAAUAGUGACGUGUGAAUUUGAUCUGACAGUCUACGCAUCAGACAAGAGGUGCAGCGAAAGUCCUCUAAAUUUCAUCGAUUACAUACGUUACAGUGAAAUUGACAGUUUCGUCAAGGCCGGAAUUCUUGAAAUACCUGUCAUUCAAGAAUGGAUCAACAGAAAAGUUCGGAAGUUUUCCCCAUGGAUAGGAUUCUGGUUAUUUUGGCGCAUGAUUUAUCCAUUCUCAUUUUUCUUAAGUGACUGGAUAGCUUCUAGUCAGGUGAAGGACGUGGCUUGCCCAAAGAAUGCAUCAUAUGCCCAAGAGAACGAUCCAGGCCAUGAUUACCUGUACAAAACAAUCAUUAAGCUGUCUGAAGAAAAUGCCGACACUGCAAGAAAGAUAUUCUUUGCCAUUGCAAACGUUUCUAUGGCUGUUCCAACUCUCUUCUUCGACAUCACAGAGAUAAUACUGCACUUGAAAUCAAAGAUGAACUAUGUCAACCGUGAUGAGUUCAGUAUACGGCGACCUUUCUCAACACAAACACCAGGUAUGCAGGCUAAUUGCUCCGCUGCCGCAAAACCAGUUGCACCAGUUGUAGGGUCAAGAGUGCGAGAGCCCCCCAACUGA